GACAGAAAAGAAUCUGACAUCCUCUCCCCAGCCUUGAAAAAUUUCGAGGAAGAAAGCUAUUUCUGUAAAUAUAACAAAAAGGACUGUGGAGAGCACAGCAGUGAAAAGGAAGAUUUUUCAAAAGACAAAAUACUUUUCUCAAAAAUAGAUAAUACAAAUUGUCUUGUAGCUAGUAAUACUUGGAAUAACCCAAACUCUGGGAAGAAUAUCAGUAAGAACAAUAUAUUAGGUCAAAAAAUAAAAAACUGUGAUAAAUGUAGAAAUAUAGGGCAAAAACCAGGAAGAAGAAAGUCUUUCCCAGAUACUACCUUUGAUGUACCAUCACCAGUGCACCCUAGAAGGGAUUCUGGGUUUUAUUCAUUGCCAUCCUUAAAAGUAUUUCCUAAGGAGACCAAAGCAGAUGUUAAUAACAAGAACUCACUUGUUCACACUAGCUAUACAGAACUUGGUAAGUGUCCUGACUUGACCUCCUCACUGAGAAGCCUGCAAGGUCUUAUGUCUUCAUAUCAUUAUGCCUUCACGUCAUUUGAUCAUGAUAUUACCAUUUAUGCAUCUGAACCUGAGGAAAGCCUAGGUGACACUUGUUUACUGAAUGACUCUGCAGGCUAUGUGGGGCAAGGUGAAGAAACUCUAAUGGAGAGUCUUCAUUCCAGUGGUAUUGUAAACAAGAAAAAAGAAAAUGAGCAUGAAGAACUUCUGAGAAACCUGGCCAUAUGGGAGGAAGACUCUGAGUCUACUGAAGACGCUUUAGAUGAACGGACACCAGAGUACAACCAUCUAGAAAAGCACAAGGAAUUGCAGAACAAAGCUCAGCUGAUACAGAUCUCUCCAUGUUCUAGAAGCCCUUCAGGUGAAUGUAUUAGUGGCAAGGAAAGUACUAAUUGCACAUCUACAGAAUGUGCUCAUAACCAGCUUUCAGGUUUAUACCCACCCACUGCAGAGACUGAAGUAGCAAAAAAAAGGAGAGAGUCAGUAAUGACCGUGAUAAAUGGAGGUCUAGAACGAAGACUUGUCCAAGGCGAGAAUAAACUGAUACCUGAUUCUUUUGGCUCUGCAGUGAGAAAGGAGCCUAAACCUUCCUGUAGUAUAGAUGAAAAUUCCUUGCUGUCAUCCUUGUUAUUAUAUCCUGAGGAGCAUGACAUUAAUAAUGAAUCAGAAAGCUUUUCUGAGACGCAAGAUGUAUCUGUGAAUAUCCUUGUUGACUCCGAUUGCUAUAAUGAUUCAGCAGCGAAUGCCAUUUUAUCUACACCUUCAGCAUAUACAGAAAACAAGGAGAAUUUCACAGAACAUUCAAAUGCCAAGGAAAGACAAGAGAACAUUUGCUGUAAACAGUCAACUGAUGAUAGCUUAAGGAGAGAGCCUGGAGCACAUCAACUGCCUCAGUUAGCCAAAUCCAGCUCUAAUGAAGUUGAGAGAAAGACUGAAAUGAAACAAGAUUUUCAUCAGAAUGCAGAUAUCCCCCCAUCAUCACUAAAAAAUAUUAGUCAGAAAGACUUGAAAUCAGAAAUGAAUAAAACCAGAAAGCUACCUUUGGUGAAAGACACCAGAGCCAGUGAUAGUUCCCAGGAAGAAGCAAUAGACCAGUGGGCCAGAAGACGGAAACAGUUCAAAGACAGCAAAAAAUGCAGUUCAACUGGAGGAAGCUCCAUAAACAGCACAAUCACUGAGGGAUCAAUAAAUUCAGAGGAUGCUCGGUCAGUAGAUGUGGGACUACAUUCUGAAAAUGAGGACGGAGGGUUUUAUACAGAAAACUUUCAUUCUGCUUCCUGGGUUUUCAGAGGAGAUGAUGUCUCUCCAGAUAAUAGUCCUAGAUGUCUCAGCAAAAGGCCUAGACCAGUGGCAAUCCGUGAAAGAACUGUGAAGAUUGCUAAAGGAACUGGCAAUUACCCUUGGGGUUUCAGGAUCCAGUUCUCAAAGCCUAUCCUUGUGACUGAAGUUGACACAAACAGUGCAGCUGAAGAAGCAGGGCUUCAGGUUGGGGAUGUUCUGAUAGCAGUCAAUGGAACUGAUGUCACCAAUAUGCCACAUUCUGAAGCUGCCAAUCUGGCAAGGAAAGGCCCUGAUAUCCUGACUAUGACAGUGGGAUCAGAUAUCAGCCGUUACCCUAACACCCCCAGACCUACCUGCCGAGGAUAUUUGCAUAAACGAACACAGUCAGCAAUACUGAAGGGCUGGAGAAAGAGAUGGUUUGUGCUGAAACAUAAUGGCUGCCUACAGUAUUACAAACACAAGAAGGAUGAAGGGAAGUGCAGACCUCUGGAAGUAACAAAGCUGGAAGGAGCAGAAAUUGGUGUUGACACCAGUCUAGGUAAACCGUUUGUUUUUAAAUGCAUACCUCAAAGUGGAAACAGGAUUUUCUAUUUUUGUGCAACUUCCAACCAAGAAAUGAAGAGGUGGCUGGAGGCUAUGGAUAAAGCAGUGCAUCCUGUCCACCAGAACCAUGUGUGGGUAGAUGUCACACUGCAUAACACUACACUUCCACCCUUGGCUAUCAAAAACCCGGAGUGCCUGGGGCUUCUCCACCAGCUGGACAGAAGCAAAGACACCUGGAUUCAGCACUACUGCAUUCUGAAGGAUGGCUGUUUGUAUUUUUAUGCCACUCUCCGGUCUACACCUGCCCAAGGUGGCCUUUACCUCCAGGGUUAUACUGUGAGUGAACAGUCACUGGGCUCCAAGAGGUCUGUAAUUGAACUCAAACCUCCAUCUGAAGAAUUUAAAACUUUCUACUUAUGUGCAGAGAAUGUAAACGAAAACAAAAGGUGGAUUACAGCUUUGCAAGCUUCAAUUAAUAAAUGGUUACCGCUACACCAAGCAAUCCAAGAUUUUAUGAAUAGACCACUGGAGGAGACAAGGAUGUGAGAAGAUCAUUUUCUUCCCUCAAUUUCUGUUUUCCAUUAAAAAUUCCAUGCUACAUCUUAGGAUUCAUCACAAAAUAUUAUCUAGCAGCAAUUAAUGUUUAGCGUUGCUAUACAUUCAGAACUUUUGUAAGCAUUAGUAAAUAAACAUAAAGCAAUGUU